AUGGACAAGGCUAAUGCAGAAUGGGCCAAGGAUAUUCCCUGUAAGAAUAUCACCAUUUAUGGAUUCUGCAAAUACGAAAAUGAAGGAUGCGUUUUUAACCAUGGUAAUGAGCAUGAUAAUAGUAAAUACGCCGAAAACCCCAAACCACAACCACAGCAACAGCAACAGCAACAGCAACAGCUGCUGCAGCAACAACAACAGCUGCAUCAAUUACAGCUUAAUGCCGGUGGUUCUAUGAACAUGAAAUUUAACGCCAAAACUGCGUCGUCGUUCACUCCUUCCAAAGUGUUGAACUCGAAGAAUAGCACUUCCACUGCGAUAAAAGCGGAAAAGGUAGCCAAGGCACUGCAAUCGGCAGCAGAGCAACCGACAGUUUCUUCGCCGCAGGCUACAAAAACAGCUUCUUUCGCUCCUGCUUUCAAUCCAUACGCAGCGAAUUUCACGCCCAUAGGGUCAGCCGGAGCAUCAACUCCCCCGCCAUCAGCUCCAGCGCUACAGGGCUUCAAUCCGUACUCGGCAUCUGCUGGGGGGAUGGCCACCCCGGGCGAAGAGAUCAAUCCAAUUCAAGCUCCAGGGGGGUUUGCCCAAAGCGCCCCUGCCCAUUUCGGGCAUGACACCCCCGGGAGAAAAACCAAUUUCCCGUCAAUUUAUCCACCGACCCACUCUAUUCUACAGUACCAUUUGUACGCCCCAGACCCGCCACUGCAUUUGAAAGUGCCUUUGAAGCCUAACGAACGCACAGCCGAAACUUUGUUCAUCCCUAAUGACCUCCGCGAGAGUCUUGUAAAGAAGAACCAUGCUGCCUUGCAGGUUUUUCCGUCAGGUGGUAAUCUGCCUGAAAUUGUUGGAGAUUACUUUGGUUUGGUUCCCUUGGAAUUUCACAAUAGAACCAUGAAUUCCAACAGGUAUCAAGGCCACCAGAAUUCUCUUUACAAAGUAUUUUCGAACUUUGACGGGAAAAUCUAUAUUAUGCGGAGAAUUCACGAUGUCAAGAUUAAGGAGAGUGUUCAAAUUUUCAAACCGUACCAAGCGUGGAAGAGGUUGGUGAAUGCAAAUGCCACAGAGGUUCGCGAUGCUUUUUUGACGCGAGCGUUUGGCGACGCCUCCUUGUGCGUUGUACAUGAUUAUUUCCCCCAGUCCUGUUCCCUAUACGAACAUCACUUUGUCAGCUUCAGCCCAGUCCCCAUUACCCAGGACUUGUUGUGGUCAUAUUUGGUGCAGUUGUGUAGCGCAAUACAAGCUGCACAUUCUUUGAACUUGGCAUUCAACAACAUUUGCCUAGAAAAAGUGAUAGUAACCGGUAGUCCUGGUCGAAUCAAGAUUGGUGACACCUGUGUGCAUGAUGUGUUACAUUUUCAACAUGACAACGAUAUCGUUCAGCAGCAAGAGCAGGAUUAUAUAGACCUUGGGAAGCUGUUAAUGGAGUUGAGUGCGAAAAUUCUAGGAUCUCAAGAGUCCACCACCGUGGAUUCUUGCGCAGUUGAUGAAGAAUUCAAGAAAGUGCUACACUACUUAUUAGACACCACGAAGCCAAAGUCCUUUAAGGAGUUACUCGUUUUGUUUGCUCACAAGAUACUUCCUGUGACUAGCGCACUACAAACAUAUGCCGAGUAUACGGAGUCUAUUUUGUCCCGAGAACUGGAAAACGCGCGUCUUUUCCGUCUCAUGUGCAAAUUGAAUUUCAUCUUCGGCCGGAUAGAAUCUCGAAUAGAUAUCAAUUGGUCAGAUUCGGGAGCUAAAUUUCCCAUUAUUUUAUUCUACGAUUAUGUUUUCCACCAAACUGACGAAUCAGGCAAGCCUGUGAUGGAUCUCACGCAUGUUUUGAGAUGCCUUAACAAGCUUGACGCCGGGGUGGGAGAGAAGUUAAUGCUGGUGACCCCUGAUGAGAUGAAUUGCAUAAUCAUUAGUUUCAAAGAGCUUAAAGACUUGAUAGACACCACUUUUCGCUCUAUGUCUCAAUGA